AUGGCUACUUGUUCUAAUUUCGUCCAAGAUCAAUGGAGACCAAAUCAAUGUAUCGAGUGUUUUCAAGGAAAAGAAAAACAUUUCGAGACCAAGACGUCAAUACCCAUUGUUGUGGAUUUAAUUCAAUUAUCGAAACCGGAUGCUCAAUCACGCGACUCAACACAGCAACCAUCAACUGUCGAUGAUGUCGCUCUACCAAGAAGUCUUAGUCGUUCGUUCACCACUAGAACAAAUUACGAUACAAAAUAUUCUCAGAGUAAUCAUAAUAAUCUAACAAAAAACUUGAUUGAUAUUCCAUCAAGUAAAUCCAAUACCGAUCAAAAUAUAGCAGGACUACAAGUAAGGACUGGUUCCAUCAAUUACAAUGAUAUCAAGCUAAACACACAUCCUAUCGUUGAAAGUAGAUCUAUGCCAAUACAAAUAUUGCCUAGAUCUGUACUUUCAAGUGAUAUUCAAUUCAACGUGCCAUUGAAUGAGGAAACCACAUUCAUGAAGGUAAAUGACCAACAACCAUCACUUAGUUCUUGUAAUUCGGAUAGUACCGAAGUCAGUAUUCCUUCUGUCGAUGACAAGAAACUUGUACAACAACAGAUCCGGACUAGUUCAAUAAUAUUCAAUGAUGUUCAAUCAGUCAUGUCUUCAGCAGAGAAAACAAAAUUAAGCGAAGAUAAUGAAAAUCAAAUAAUGGUGGGCUCUAUUAUUCCUGAUGGUGUUCAAUUAAGUACCUCUUAUACGGAACAAUAUAGAUUUAGACAACAGGAGACGUGUGACACUUGUCUGACUUCCAAUGAUGUUCAAUCCAAGAUGUCUUUUUCAGACCGAACCACAUUAAGCGAAGAAAAUCACAAACAACCGGUGGUUAAUUAUGCGACUUGCAACAAUACUCAACCAAUGAUGUUGUCUGCCGAUCGAGAUAGAUUUGAUCAACAAUCCAAUAUGAUUUGUGCCGCUUCCGGUUCUAUUCAAUCUAGCAUAGAUCUGUGGACAAUCAUUGGUGUCGAAGAAAAAGAAAUACCAGAGUUGAAACGACUUGAUAAAUUACUAAACAAAUUUCAAGAACAGUCGGCUAGUGGUGACGAUCUGGAGAAUAAUAUCGAUGCUUUAAUUAGAAUUUUAGGUUCCUUAUGUAAACAUCAUUAUACUGUUUUUGAAAAAACUGAUAUUACAAAGAGGGAACGUUUUUUUCAAUCUAUUUCUAACAGACUUCAACCGAUAGGAAAAAUUCUGAAGAAAAUAAUUCCUCAUGAAACAUGGAAAGCAUUACGUGAACAAACACAGUUAUUAGAAGCAUUAUGCAAAUUUAAUUUCGAUGAAAAACCAUUGAUAUUUGCAGUGAAAGCGUUAAAAUAUAUCAAUUUUUCAAAAGCUUUAGAAAAUCAAUUCAUCAAUUUGAUUGAUGAAAUGAGACGUGAAUAUCCAAAUAUAUUAGAUGAUAUAUUAGCAGAAGAAUAUAAAAAACUUAAGAACAAUCGAGAAAAAAUUGUAAUUACAGUUCUUGGUAGUACCAAAUCAUCAAAAUCAAGUUUCAUUAAUUUUUUAUUACAAGAUGAAAUUUGUCCAACGGGAAAUAAAGCAGCGACAGCACGAUUAACAAAAAUUACCUAUGGUCAACGAAUAUGUUUAACUCUAAAAAGUUCAAUAUGUAAUACAUCAGAAUCAAUAGUAUUCAAUGAUACACGAGAACUUUUACAAAAAGCAAAAGAAUUUAUUAUAUUGAACAAUGAGGCUCGUAAAAGUAAAUUAUGUGAAGAUGAAGUUUUGAUCGAAUUACCAAUUAAUGAAUUGAAAAAUGUUGAACUAUGGGAUGUACCAGGAUUUGAUGAAAAUCCCAUUAUUAACGAGCGUGUAGAAGAAAUUUUAAAAGAUACAAAUUUAACAUUUUUUAUUAUACCCCAACAAGAUAUUUUACGACAAACAUCUAUUGAUUUUAUUAAACUAUGUUUAAACCAGCAUACUACCAUAGAUGAUAAAAGCAAGAGCAAACCAAUGACAAAAAUUUGUUUUAUUAUUAGUCAGAUCGAUAAAUAUAAACCAGAUGGACAAUUUCAAGAAAGUAAACAUUCGUUUUUAAAACAUAUUUAUGAUAAAAUCGAACAAGAAUUAAAAAUUGAUUUUCAAAUCACAGACUAUAAAUCAUCUAAUCAAUUUAUACCAAUGUGUAGUAAUCAUUUACAUAGUAUCAAAGAUUAUCUUGAAUGUUGUGAGCAAUUUAUUGAAAAAUCAAAUCAAUGGUUUCAUGAUGCUUUAAAGAACGAAGCUUAUCUUCAUUUAAAUAGAUUGUUGAAAUUUAUAAAAGAAUUUUCGAAUUAUGAUGAUCUAUUUCGGCAAGAAGCUCGUCAUAAACGCAUGGAAAUAAUAUUCAAUAAACGUUUUUCAACAUUUAGUAAAGAGUUAACAAAAAGUGUAAAAGAUAGCUUGAAUGAAAUCUACUUGCUUAUGAAAGGAUCAAUCGAUGAAUUUGUGAAGAAAUGUUUAAUGUUAUAUAAUAAAAAUGAAAAGGUAGAAAAUAUUGAAGCAUAUAUCCAAAGUCAAUUAAUUACAAGAUUCAGCGAAAUUUUAGAAGGUAACAAGUCAAAAAUUCUACAAAAGAUCAACAAAAUCUUUUUACAAUUUUCAAAUACAAUAUAUCUGAAACCUCCCGAUAUUCAAAUCUUAAAACAAGUACUUGAUGACGUAUUAACCAACGAUUCGUACAAAGGUGUAAUUAAACAACAUCAGCAUACAUCUCCAUAUCAUCUGUUCACUUAUUUAAAGAGGAUGUAUCAAGCACUAUCGCAUGUGAUGAUAGUCUCUAUAAGCAACGUACAUGAAAAUUGUGAGGCUUCUAAACGUAAAUGUCCAAGAUUAGUCAAUCGCGAACAAUUUGUUAAAGAAAGCACGAUGAAUUCGAUAACAAAUCUAGUUAAUGACGUACUGAAAACUAUUUCUGAUGAUUUACACAAUAAAGCUGAGAAGACGUUACAAGAAUUUCUUGAUAAUCAGUUAAAACAAAUACAUGAUAAAAUAGAAGAAAACGCAAACAAAUAUAUUCAUUCAACUCUGGUUGGCGAAAAAAUCGAUUGUAUCCGUCUAUUUUGUGAAAAUCAUUCAGUGGAAAUUAAGCGUAUACAUUUAGAUAUUCUUGAUAAGCAAUUUAAACUUCAAUAUUCAACUAAUGUGAUUAUUAAUGAAAAUGAAAGAUUAGAUAAUAGAAGUAAUUUUCGCCUGUUUACCGGCAUACUAGGAAAAGAGAAAUUACCGAUAGCUGCUAAAUUAAUACCAUUAAAUAAUUUCAAAUUACAAGAAGUACUUUAUAUACAUGAGCUUGAUCAUGUGAACGUUAUCAAGUAUUAUGGUAUCAAGAAAAAGAUACAAGAUCAAUAUUAUAUCUUAAUGCCACGUUUAGAUUGUAACUUAUCUACAUAUUUAACAGAAAAUUCUAAGAGAUUGAAGAGUGAAGCAAUCGAUAAUAUGAUCAUACAAAUUAUCGACGGCUUAAAUUAUAUACAUAGACAAUUGGAACUUGUUCAUCGAGAUAUUAAAUUACAAAAUAUAUUAGUAGACAAAGCUAAAAAUUUAUUUUUAAUUGCUGAUUUAGGUGGUGCACAUCGAGAACCACUAACAAUUAUAGGUACUAAAGGUUAUGCUGCACCAGAAUUAGUUUCAACAAACAAUCAAGAAAUAAUUACAGAAAAAUGUGAUAUGUAUUCGCUUGGUGUAGUUAUUCAAAAAAUACUACGAACAGCUAAUAUAGAACAAAAUAAUGAUAGCUUAAUUAUUGGUUGGUCAAAAAUUUCCGAACAGUGUUUAUCAAAAGAACCUUCAGCACGUCCAAGUUGUGAAAAUAUUUUGGAGAAACGUUUCAAGAAUAUCGACUAA